AUGUUUUCACUAAAAGUUUUGAUCUUAUUAAGUCUCAUCAUACAUUUGUGUAAAAAUCAAGAAUUAUUACUUGAAGACAAUAAUAAAGAAUUAUCAUCGUGUGUUCGAAGUAUCACUAAACAUUGGUUCCACAAUGGAUCAGAAGUUACAAUCGUCGAUAUUGAUUCCUUUGACAAUGAAAUAAUUAAAGCAAUUCAUUCAAUGAAAUAUGUGUCUAUCAUAUCACGGACAACAAACAAGAAAGUAAUUUACAAUAAUAAAGGCUACUUAUUAACAGUAAAAAAUUUAAGAGUCUUCAAAGAUAAAUUUAACUUCCUAUCAAUGGAGGAGGGUUGGAAACCCGAUGUCUAUUUUCUGAUUAUUUUCAAAGAAUUAGAAUUAGCAGAAAUUAAUGAUGUAUUUGAAAUUCUUUUGCAUUACCAUGUUUUUAAAGUGUUGGUAAUAAAUGCAGCAAGUAAUUUGAAUGUCUACACGUAUAAUCCAUUCGAUAACUAUGGUUGUGGAAUGGUUCACACUAGUUUUAUAUCAUACGGGAAAUGUCUUUAUGCAAACAUAACAAAAUCAUUUUUUUACAAACCUUUAACAGGACUUAGAAAGUGCACAUUUAAAGUAGCUUUUUGUGAUUCGCCCCCAUUCGUUAUUAUGCCUAAUAAUGAUCACAGUAAAGAGAAACUUAUUGGAUUAGAACAAUACGUUUUACAAACUUUAAGUGAAUUGGAACAAUUCAACGUUACCUAUACCCACCAAUAUAAUCCUGAAGAAGGUUCUAUUGUAGGAGAUGAUAUGAUAGCUUCUGGUCCUAUGAAAUCCAUUCAGAAAGGUGAUGCUCAUAUAAUUAUAGGAGGAUUGAUUUUGAAGCCUAAAAGAAUAGAAGCUUUUAGCUUCUUAUAUGGACACCAUACUGACUACGACGGACUCAUAAUCUUAGUAAAGAAAGCAGGAUUAGUAUCGAAUUUGAAAAAUACUUAUAUAGAGUUUGAAGCAGUGGUUUGGAUAUUAUUAAUCGUAGCGUUCAUAAUAUUUUUUGUGGUAUUUGUUGUAAUAUAUCACACAAAAGAUAAAUUUGGAACAAUUUUAGUUAUGUGGGACAUUCUUUUACAACACGGUGCUACUUUAGGAAAUAAGCUUAAAUAUAGGUAUUUCAUGUUUAUUUGGAUUGUUUUUGCUUAUUUGAUUAACUUGCAUUACCAAUCAAAUCUGUCGAGUCUUGCAACACAACCUAUCUACGAAUAUCAAAUUUCUAACGAGAACGAUUUGGCUAUCUAUGAUAUAAAACCUUGUAUAAGCUCUCUUGUAAACAAGCAUUUUAAAAACACAUCUGGACAUGAGUUAGAAGUUGGAAACCGUGAAGAAUGUGGAACUAUGUUACAGAGCAUUACAACAGUCAGCCAAGCCCAUGACAAGAUAAAGAUAAACCGGGAGUUUAAAAUUGUUUGUAACAAAUUGUGA